AACUGAUGAGCAGCCAAUUCUUAACUCGCGACAUUGGAACGCCGGCUACGGCAAAAUGGUUAUGGCUGAGCGGGCCACGACGUGUGACUUCUUUACCGGGUCAAUCCUUCUCCGUCUCCGUCUCCGUCUCCGUACGUGAACCUUUCACGACGGCUACGGCACUUGGCCACAGCAUGCUCCACCGUACGAAGAGACGACCGACCGGACCAUACACGCGUUCUGUACACUUUGCUUGCACCCGUGCGGGUGCGACACAAACCACAACCAUUCAAAACACAGACCCAGGACGCGGAAAAACCAACGAAACAUCCUCGGCGCAGGCCGCGCGCCCGCCGGCGGAAGCGACGAGUCGACGACGACCGCGCCGGCACGUACUCACAAACCCACCCCCGCCGGCCGGAACCACCCGCGCCUUCCCUGCCGCUGACGCCCUCCCAACGCAAUGACCUCCCUGACAUAUAUAAACCCCCCCCGCGCGCGCUCCCUUCCACGCCACCACUUCGCGCGCCCAGCUUCUCCCCUCUCCUUCCUCUCCCCUCCCUCCGCACUCCACGCAAACCAGAGCCCGCGCACGCAACCGGCCGACGGCGCCAAACAAAACGGCACGCGACGCUCAGCGAGGGCCGCGAGGAAGCAAUAGCAGAGGGACCGGAUGGUGUUCAGCGGCGCGUGGCUGGCGGCGGCGGCGCGGGUGCCGGCGGAGCUGUGCCAGGGCCCGCCGCGGCCGGGGCAGCGGCGGCGGCUGCGGGCCGACGAGGUGCUGCGCGCGCUGCUCACGCCGCCCGCGCGGGAGCUGGAGCGCCUGGCCGACUGCCUCUACGUCUUCUUCUGCCUGCCGCUGCCGGAGCCGGACCAGUACUACGUGCCGGCGUCCGGGCGCGGCGGCUGGGUGGCGCGCCGGCCGCCCGGCGCCGUGCUGUACAGCUACCGGCGGUCCCUCUCGCUCUCCUCCGACGGCGGCUCGUCGUCGUCCACGUGGAUGGGCGGCUCCGACGAGGAGGGGCUGUUGUAUUACUCGGACGACUAGGAAAGCAGCCGUGAUGUGCAUGUGUACUAGCGAUCGUCGUGUCGGGCUUGUGUUAGCUAGGCGGUGCUGCCGUUUUGUCCGUUCCAUUCUUUGUAGCAACUGUAUAAACGCUGUACAUAUUGGUUUGGUUGGUUGGAUUCAGCGAGAAAUCAAGACGGUUUUUCGCA